UAAAAAUUGAAAUCCAACCCUUUUUUGAUCUCUUCAUUAAAUUUUUUGACAAGUGACAAUUAAUUAAUGGAAUUGUGUGAUGUGGAAAAUUCACUUUGUCUUGACUGAUCGAAGUAGACCCUUGUUUGACCUUGCUACCAAUGAUAGCAACAAUGGGAUUGGCAAGAAUCGAAGGAGCUUCUUGUUGAUGGCUGGGUACAACAUGAGCUCAGGUGGGUACAUACGUGGGAUUGUGUUCUAGCAAUCCAAUAAGCCCCUUACCAUUGAAGAAUUUCAUAUGCCUCGCCCUAAAGCUGGAGAGCUUCUCAUCAAAACCAAAGGCUGUGGAGUGUGCCACUCUGACCUUCAUGUUAUAAAAGUUGAAAUUCCAUUUUCUAAUCCAUGUGUUAUUGGGCACGAAAUAACCC